AUGAGACUCUCCUCAGCUAUUCACCUUACGCGAACUGCCUUGCAGCCUUUGCAAAAGAAUGCAUGGAUAAAGAGCACUUGCCUGCCCAAGGCACGGGUCCUAUCAACACCCCUCUACCGACAUGGCUGGCAACCUUCGACGAUCCGCAUGACAACCACCGCCAACAUACCCACUGAUUCGACAACAGCCGAUUCUAAACCAAAGCGCAUUUUAUAUGGCGGGUGGAUCGACAAACUCCCGGAGAAAUGGGCUCCUUAUGCAUUCCUUGCUCGUAUUGACAAACCGAUCGGGACGUGGCUAUUGUUUUGGCCCUGCGCAUGGAGUGCCACGAUGGCAGCUUACAGCCAUCAUUUCUCGGAAUGGGAUACAGCCGUUAUGAUUGCCGCUAUGGGAUUUGGUGCAGUGGCUAUGAGAGGUGCAGGAUGUACCAUCAAUGACCUUUGGGAUAGAAACAUGGACAAUAAGGUGGAAAGAACCAAGAUUCGACCUGUGGCAGCAGGCACUGUCACUGUCCCACAAGCUAUUGCGUUCACGGGAGCUCAAAUGUUUUGUGCGUUGGGUACAUUUAUGAUGCUUAACAAUUACACCAAGGUGCUUUCAUUAUCCUCCUUAGCCCUUGUAGUAACCUAUCCAUUGAUGAAACGAGUGACUUAUUGGCCCCAAGUUGUAUUGGGUCUUGCAUUCAAUUACGGUGCUCUCGUGGGUUGGUCAGCCAUGACAGGAUCAUUGGAUUAUGCCGUGUGUGCUCCUCUCUACCUUGGUGGCGUGGCUUGGACAUUGACUUAUGAUACGAUUUAUGCACAUCAAGAUAAGCGGGAUGACGUGUUGGCAGGUGUAAAAUCGACUGCAUUACGAUUUGGUGACAAGACACCCCAAUGGUUGACAGGAUUCUCAUCGGCCUUUGUGGGUUUGACAGCUUUGGCAGGCUACAUGAAUGGUCAAGGUCUUCCUUUUUAUCUCAUCAGCGUGGGUGGUACAGCGGCUCAUCUUGCAUGGCAACUUAGAACCGUCAACUAUGAUGAUCCAAAAAGCUGCUGGCAAAAGUUUGCUAGUAAUAAGCAGAUUGGUGCCAUCGUAUGGUCAGGUCUCUUAGCCGAUACCGCUUUAGCCGCAUCCUAUGUAGCUUAA